AAUCCAAGGAGCUGAAAUCUGUUUUGGGAUGGGAUGGAGUCACAUUCUGGACCCUAGACAGAGAAUUUCUAAGUUCCAGAAAGUGCUGCUUACUUUGCAUUGCCUCUCCCCAACCUUUGCUUUCGAAACUCCUGGCACCAAUGCUGCCAAGGCUGACGGAGCUUUCGUGAGUGGUGUCUCCGGAAAUGAGGUGUCAAGGAAUAUCUGGAAAGGCAGCCUCCAGGCCCCCAGUGUCAAGACGGUUUAGAACUGAAAGUGUCCUAAUAUCGGGGCACAGGCAAUAAGCAUUAUUUAUUAUUCAGCCUGAGAAACUGAUGCUAAAAUAGGAGGAAAUCAUUCAAUUAUUUCCUGUCAAGGGAUUACUCAAUGUUGUUUUUAUGUUUAAAUAUUUAUUUGUCAACAUCAAGAAUUCUUAGGACAUGAUGCAUCAGCAUUUUUGAACAAGUCAUAGAUUUGACCACAAAUCAAAUUUCAGGAUGGGUGGAGUGUCUCUGCUUUAAAAUAGAAGAGAGUGAGUAGUCUAGGAGGAGGGAGCUACAUAGACUGGAAACUAUUCUUAGCUCCGUCACUGACUCCAAGUUCAUCCCCUCUGUCUUUCAGUUUGGACCUUCAACUAUUCUUAGAAAGCCUUUGGUGACUCCUGGGAACAAGCUGAGUCAGGAACAAAAGUUUGAGGGUUUGGGGUUGAGCAUAGGACAAUUGCUUGGCUAAUGCUUUAGUCUAGUUCUGACUUUGCUACUCCUAAGUUGCUUUGUGAUGACUACUUGCACACGUGUCUGUUUGUGAGUUAUUUUUGUGAGCAUGCUGCCACCAGCCUGUGUGGAUGUCUGUGGUUUCACAAGAUACAAUGUAUUUUCUAAAUCUACUGAAUUUUAUGUUUUUUUGUUUUGUUUUGUUUCAAAAAUAGAAACUCAUAUUCUUUCCUUCUUAAUUAAGUUUAUUUCGGGACAUUCUCAUGAGACUGGUAAAAUAUAACUGUGAAGUAGCAUGAUAAUUGUGAAAUAGUAUGAUUAUUGUGAGAUCUAUAUGACCUGAAACUUCUAUAGGAAUAAGUGCAAUACUGCAUAUCUGAAACCUGCUGUUAUGUCUCUUUGCACUUAAUGAAAUAUGUGUUGAUCGAUUCAUUCUCCUGGGUAGUGCUGAGAAAGUAAAAAUCAUGGCUGAUAAAAAUUCUGUUUAUGGUUUUGUCUAAUUUAUUUUUCAGUUAAGAUAUAGGCUACUCUUCCCAACUCAGCCUUGGAGAGCAUCAUCAACUGCCUCACGUGUGGUGACCUUCACUGUCGUAUGCCAGUGACUCAUCUGGAGUAAUCUCAACAGCCAGUUACCAACACUUGCUCUUGAUUGAUAAACAGAGAAUGGGGCUUUGGAUCUUAGCAAUUCUCACAAUUCUCGUGUAUUCCACAGCAGCGAAGUUUAGUAAACAAUCGUGGGGCCUGGAAAAUGAGGCUUUAAUUGUGAGAUGUCCUAGACAAGGAAAACCUAGUUACAUCGUGGAUUGGUAUUACUCACAAACAAACAAAAGUAUUCCCACCCAGGAAAGAAAUCGUGUGUUUGCCUCAGGCCAACUUCUUAAGUUUCUACCAGCUGAAGUUGCUGAUUCUGGUAUUUAUACCUGCAUUGUCAGAAGUCCCACAUUCAAUAGGACUGGAUAUGCGAAUGUCACCAUAUAUAAAAAACAACCAGAUUGCAAUGUUCCAGAUUAUUUGAUGUAUUCAACCGUAUCUGGAUCAGAAAAAAAUUCCAAAAUUUACUGUCCUACAAUUGACCUCUACAAUUGGACAGCACCUCUUGAGUGGUUUAAGAAUUGUCAGGCUCUUCAAGGAUCAAGGUACAAGGCGCACAAGUCAUUUUUGGUCAUUGAUAAUGUGAUGACUGAUGAUGCAGGUGAUUAUACCUGUAAAUUUAUACACAAUGAAAAUGGAGCCAAUUAUAGUGUGACAGCGACCAGGUCCUUCACGGUCAAGGAUGAGCAAGGCUUCUCUCUGUUUCCUGUAAUCAGAGCCCCUGCACACAAUGAAACAAAGGAAGUGGAAAUUGGAGAAAACACAAACCUAACUUGCUCUGCUUGUUUUGGAAAAGGCGCUCAGUUCUUGGCCACCGUCCAGUGGCAGCUUAAUGGAAACAAAAUUACAGACUUCAGUGAACCAAGAAUUCAACAAGAGGAAGGGCAAAAUCAAAGUUUCAGCAAUGGGCUGGCUUGUGUAAACACGGUUUUAAGAAUAGCUGAUGUAAAGGAAGAGGAUUUAUUGCUGCGGUACGACUGUCUGGCCCUGAAUUUGCAUGGCUUGAGAAGGCACACCAUAAGACUAAGUAGGAAAAAUCCAAGUAAGGAGUGUUUCUGAGACUUUGGUCACCUGAACUUUCUGUAGCAAGGGUAAGCGGAAUGGAGUGUGGUUCCGAGAGAUCCAUCAAGACAAUGGGAAUGGCUUGUGCCAUAAAAUGUACUUCUCUUCUUUGGGAUGCUGUUUGCUAUCUGGUCUUUGUAGAUUGUUCCUGUUUGCUGGGAGCUUCUCUGCUGCUUAAGUUCCUCCUCCUUCCCCACUGCCUCCUAUGGUUGGUUUCUCUACAACACUCAGCUGCUUCUUUGGUCAUCCUUGUUUUCUAACUUUAUGAACUCCCUCUGUCUCACUGUAUGUGAAAGAAAAUGCACCAACAAUAGUAAACUGAACGUGUUCUUUUGUGCUCUUUUAUAACUUGUGUUACCUGUUGUAAACGUGGUUCCUUCUAUACCUUUUUCUGGUCAUAAUGAACACUCAUUUUGUUAGUGAGGGUGGUAAAGUGAACAAAAAGGGGAAGUAUCUAACUACUGCCAUUUCAGUGAGAAAAUCCUAGGUGCUACUUUACAGUAAGACACUUGUUAGGCCAUUCUUGCACUGGUAUAAAGAAAUGCCUGAGACUGGGUGAUUUAUAUGAAAAGAGGUUUAAUUGGCUCACGGUUCUGCAGGCUGUGCGGGAAGCAUGGCGGCAUCUGCUUCUGGGGACACCUCAGGAGCUUUACUCAUGGCAGAAGGCAAAACAAAGGCAGGCACUUCAAACGGUGAAAGCAGGAGCGAGAGAGAGAGAGAGGUGACACACUUAAACAGCCAGAUCUCAUGAGAAAUCACUCACUAUUGCAAAGACAGCAUCAAGAGGAUGGUGCUAAACCAUUCAUGAUGAGCUUACCCCCAUGGUCCAAUCACCUCCCAUCAGGCUCCACCUUGAAUACUGGGGAUUACCAUUCAGCAUGAGAUUUGGGCAGGAACACAGACCCAAACCAUAUCACACACAUUAUGAUUGUUAAACUUUAUAAAGUAUUUAAGGUAUAUGGAACACAUGGGAAGUCUGGUAGCUCAACCCAUUUCUUUAUUGCCUCUGUUAUUCACCAUGCAAUUCAGGUACCACCUAUUCCGGGGAACUUUUCUUGGCCCUCGGUUUGCGGUAUACAUGCUUUCUAAGUACUCUUGUAGCAUCCUGUUUGUAUCGUAGCACUGGUCACAUUGCCUUGCCAAAAUCUGUUUGACAGUCUGCUCAACAUGACUGCAAGCUCCAUGAGGGGAGGGACAUCAUCUCAACCAUCUUUGGGUCCUUAGCGCAAUACCUGGCAGCUAGCCAGUGCUCAGUUAAAUAUUUUUUGACCGAAUAAACGAAUGCACAACCAAGUUAUUGAUACCAAAUGUUUUUUGUGUACAUUUCUACUUCUCUAGCUAUAAGGCUUAAUUAUACAACAAAAUACUAUUUUUAUAUUUAUGCUUGGUAAAUUCAAUAACUUUCUCUAUCAAUUGGAAAGUGAAAUUGUUUAUUGCUUCCCUAUAGUUUUUUUCUGAAUCUAGCAGGAUUUUAAUGAUAUCAUCAUAAUUUGACACAAUAAAAGGACAAUAUGAAACUGAUGAGUCUUUAUUGGGUUAAUUUCAGAUGCUAUAUAAUCUUUUAAAAUGUAACAUUCUUUUUUUAUAUAUAAAUAAUUGGUGGCUUCCCAAAUAGCCAAAGCAGGGUGGAGAGAGUGAUCCCUCCUGGGUGCACACAAGAAGGGGAUAUGUUGCCUACAGAGUUUUCAAAACAGUAAUAAAGCUGUCUACAAGUCAUUGUGCUUCUUAUCAUCACCAUGCCCAGAUAAUGCGAAACAUCAGAGAUGAAGUUCUUCCCCCACAGAGAUGGACUGAUCCUUCUGCUCUCUCCCUUGGUGUGUCUCCGUUGUGUCCAAGACAAUGCAAUGUUGUCUUGGAAAAUAGCUUUCCAAGCAUUUCACUCCUGAGCCCUUGUCAGUUUCCUCACUUGUUCUUCGCAUAUCCAGGCAAAGGCAUCCUGUUCGCUAUACGAAGCAUUGUAUCCCGUAUAAAAGGAAGGAGAGAGAAAAAUAUAUUUUUUUACACUCAUCACUCCUCAGGGGCUGUACAACCAUGUAGAAAUUGUUUAACGUACUUGUCAAAUAGCCAAAGAAAGUGUUAAAUCCUGAGUUCCCACCCAUAUGUGCAGUGUGGUCCAGAUUCAUCCAGACACACACAGAGAGGCACAACAGGAGGAGAAAGGAUUGGGGUGUGGGGACAGCAGACCCCCAAUAUGGUGUAAUCGUGGCAGGUCUCUGCCUGAAGUGGUAUGUGGGGUUUUUCUUGUUUUAAUUUUGACUUUAACCCCCGAUUUGUAAGUUUUUCACAAAAUAAACAGAAUCAUAACUCAUGCAGAUGGCUGUAAGUGCCAUAGUGUUCUGUGGGUCUCUGGUGUCUGCCAGUGAUAAAUGUGGCACCUCAGGAAGGCUGUGGACCCCGUCAAGGUGCUAUGUGAGGGCCAUGCUUGGGGUGGUGGUGGGCCCAGUGGACCCUGCAGCCAUCCAUCCAGCCUGCCCACCCACGCUGCCCUUGUGUCCUCCUGCUUUGCUACAUUAUCAUUGAUCAAUGUCCCUGCUUACCGAUGUGUUGGAAUUGUUUUCGUGUUACAGGUGUUCAGUGAUUUUGCUCCUUCUAGCUUAUUUGUAUGUCACCUGUUUUUCUUUAAGUCAACAUGGUUACAGUCUGUUUCAGCACCUGUAUAAAUUAAACACAAAUUAUUACUACUGCU